UUGUUCAUCUUUGUCUUGUGGUUGUCAAGCGGUCUGGAUUUGAGUGCACGCUUUUGGUUUGGCAGCCCUUCGGCAACUCGUGAGAGUGGCCGAACAGUGGUCGGUAGACGUGCCUAGAGGACCACAGGUUGCAGCCCUGGGGGACGCCCCAAGGGUGGAGGAGAGCCAGGGACACCUGGUAGUCUCCUAUUGUAAGGAAGCUGACCAAGUUCAGCUGUUGGAUCAGAAAUUAUCCAGACCGCGCCCAUCUGAUUCCGUUACGAGUUUGUGGCGGAAAAGGUGGGUUAGGUGGGUCAUCGUGUCUGUAACAUUUUUGUUAUUUGUGUUGUUGGCGACGUACGAACUGACGAUGGGACAGACUGUGACAACUCCUCUUAGUUUGACCUUAUACCAUUGGACUGAAGUAAAGGGAAGAGGUCGCGACCUAUCAGUUGAGAUCAGGAAGGGACCGUGGCGGACCUUCUGCUCCUCAGAGUGGCCCACUUUUAAUGUAGGGUGGCCAAAAGAAGGAACCUUUGACCUAUCUGUUAUUUUUGCUGUUAAGGAAAUUGUUUUUCAGAAAGGACCUGGAGCCCAUCCGGAUCAGCAGCCCUACAUCGUGGUCUGGCAGGACCUGGUGCAGAAUCCACCCCCCUGGACUCGACCUUGGGUUGCAAAACCCAAGCCCCGGCCGGACGCUCGAGUUCUAGCUAUCCGAUCUCCCAGUCCUGGGGGAAAUACCAGCCCCCCGGGCCCCCCCAAGAAGAUUUAUCCCGAAACCCAGGCUGACCUCCUUCUCCUUGACUCACCACCCCCAUAUCCUCCUGCCUUAGUUCCAGUCGAGGGUCGAGAGGAGCCUGAAGUGUCGCCGGCCCCUGUGGUUGCCCCUUCCGCUCCCUCAACUGAGCCUCUGUUAGGACCGGCGCACGGCGCCAGGAGCCGCGACCGCUGGCAGUCCCCCGACACCACCGUCGCCCUUCCCUUAAGAGCUUAUGGGCCCCCGCCUGUGGCGACGGAAGGAGGACCGGCUCCUCUUCAGCCCCUCCAGUAUUGGCCUUUUUCCUCCGCUGACUUGUAUAACUGGAAGACUAAUCAUCCUCCCUUUUCAGAGGACCCUCAGCGCUUAACUGGGUUGGUGGAGUCUUUAAUGUCCUCUCAUCAGCCCACAUGGGAUGAUUGCCAGCAGCUACUGCAGACUCUUUUCACUACCGAAGAGAGGGAGAGGAUCCUGUUAGAAGCAAGGAAGAACGUGCCGGGAGCAGAUGGACGGCCCACUCAGCUCCCCAACAUCAUCGAGGCUGCCUUUCCUCUCUCUCGGCCUGAUUGGGAUUUCAACACGGCAGAAGGUAGGGAGCAACUGACCGUCUAUCGCCAGACUCUAGUGGCUGGCCUCAGAGGGGCAGCGAGACGCCCCACCAAUUUGGCUAAGGUAAGAGAGGUUAUCCAGGGGGCCACGGAACCCCCGUCGGUAUUUCUCGAGCGCUUAAUGGAAGCUUUCAGAUGUUAUACCCCGUUUGACCCUACCUCGGAGGGGCAAAGGGCUUCCGUGGCCAUGGCUUUUAUAGGGCAGUCAGCAUUAGAUAUCAAGAGGAAAUUGCAGAGAAUAGAAGGGUUACAGGAUUAUACCCUACAGGAUUUAGUCAAGGAGGCGGAGAAAGUGUAUCAUAAGAGGGAAACUGAGGAAGAGAAGGAGCAAAGGAAAGAGAAGGAGAGAGAAGAGAGAGAAAACGAGAGAGAUCGUAAGCAGGAGAAAAACCUGACACGGAUUUUGGCCGCUGUAGUAAAUGAGAAAGGACAGGAACAAACCCAGAGUAGGGCUAAGAGAUCAGGUAACCUGGGCAACCGCACCCCAUUAGAUAAAGAUCAGUGUGCAUACUGCAAGGAAAAAGGUCACUGGGCUAGGGAGUGCCCUAAGCUAAAGAAGAAGAACGGAUCCUCCAAGAAAGUGCUAGCUCUGGAGGACGACGAUUAGCGGGGACGGGGCUCGGAACCCCUCCCCGAGCCUAGGGUAACACUAGAAGUGGAGGGGAGGCCAGUUGAGUUCCUGGUGGACACAGGGGCCCAACACUCGGUCCUACUCGAACCGGCUGGACCUGUCUCCCACAAGAAAUCGUGGGUCAUAGGAGCCACGGGGCACCAGCAAUACUCAUGGACUACCCGAAGAACGGUAGACUUAGGAACGGGCCGGGUAACCCACUCGUUUCUAGUCAUCCCCGAGUGUCCUGCACCCCUACUUGGGAGAGAUCUCCUAACCAAAAUGGGAGCCCAAAUUACCUUCACCCCUGAUGGCCCGGAGGUGACUCAGGGCAAGAGAAUGGCUACCGCUCUGACCAUACACCUAGAUGAUGAACAUAGACUUUUUGAGGAACAGGGAGCAGAGAUAAGUCACAUAAAUGACUGGUUGAACAAGUAUCCGGGAGCAUGGGCCGAGACGGCCGGAACAGGACUAGCUACAGGAAGGCCGCCUGUAGUCAUAGAACUUAAGGCCACUUCUACUCCUGUGGCCGUACGCCAAUAUCCCAUGACGAAGGAGGCCCGGGAAGGAAUUAGGCCCCAUAUCCAGCGCCUCCUUCAGCAAGGCAUCCUAGUGAAAUGUCAGUCUCCGUGGAACACUCCCCUGUUACCUGUUAAGAAGCCCGGCACAGGAGACUACCGCCCGGUACAGGACUUAAGGGAAGUAAACAAGCAGGUACAGGAUAUCCACCCCACAGUACCUAACCCUUACAGCUUGCUGAGUUCUCUCCCCCCGGACCACGUGUGGUAUACUGUCUUGGAUUUAAAGGACGCUUUCUUCUGCCUGUGACUACACCCCUCCAGCCAGAACAUUUUUGCAUUCGAGUGGAGGGACCCUGGCUCUGGGACUACAGGACAACUGACUUGGACUCUACUACCCCAGGGCUUCAAGAAUUCCCUGACCCUCUUCGAUGAGGCGCUCCAUCAGGACUUAGCCUACUUCCGCGCCAGCCAUCCCCAGGUAACGCUCCUGCAGUACGUAGACCACUUGCUGCUGGCUGGGGCCACGGAGGAGGAGUGCCGACGGGGCACGGGACUGUUGCUAGAAGAACUCACCCGCCUAGGAGAUUGAGCCUCCGCCAAGAAGGCCCAGAUUUGCCGAAGAGAGGUAAUGUACUUGGGGUACGCCCUAAAAGGGGGGCAGAGAUGGCUAACGGAGGCCAGGAAACAAACUGUGACCCAGAUACCCGCUCCUCGCUCACCUCGCCAGGUGCGAGAAUUUUUAGGGACUGCGGGGUUCUGCCGCUUGUGGAUCCCCGGAUUCGCUACCCUGGCCGCUCCCCUCUAUCCUCUAACUAGAGAGGGUGCCCCGUUUGAGUGGGGUAAUGACCAACAGCAGGCCUUUGAUGACAUCAAGAAGGCAUUACUAUCAGCCCCGGCCCUGGCGUUACCGGACGUAGCCAAGCCCUUAUAUGUGGACGAGAGAAAGGGAAUAGCCCGAGGGGUGCUAACCCAGCCUCUAGGACCAUGGAAGAGGCCGGUAGCCUACCUCUCUAAGAAGCUGGAUCCUGUUGCUAGUGGCUGGCCUGCCUGUCUGAGGUCCGUGGCGGCAGUAGCGGUGUUGGUAAAGGAUGCUGAUAAAUUAACAAUGGGGCAGAAACUAACGGUCAUUGCCCCCCACUCCUUGGAGAGCAUCAUCAGGUAGCCCCCUGAUCGGUGGCUGUCCAACGCUCGUAUGACACACUACCAGAGUCUCCUCCUAAAUGGAGACAGGAUCUUGUGGCCGCCUGCGGUCCUCAACCCGGCUACCCUACUACCCGACGCGUCCACCCAGGAGAGUGUACUGCACACUUGCCAAGAGAUACUGGCAGAAGAAACGGGGACCCGAGAGGACCUCCGAGACCAACCCCUGCCAGACGCUCAGCUGACCUGGUUCACUGAUGGAAGCAGCUACAUAAUAGAAGGUAAAAGGGUGGCCGGGGCGGCGGUGGUGGACGAUGAGCAAACUAUCUGGGCAAGCAGCCUGCCUGAGGGGACCUCGGCUCAGAAGGCCGAGUUAGUAGCUCUGACUCAGGCCCUAUGGUUGGCCGAAGGGAAGAAGAUUAAUAUCUAUACUGAUAGCAGGUAUGCCUUUGCCACCGCCCAUGUCCAUGGUGCUAUCUACCAGCAGCGGGGGCUACUAACCUCGGCCGGGAAAGAAAUCAAAAAUAAAGAGGAAAUUCUAAGCCUGCUAGAGGCCAUUCACCUCCCUAAGAAAGUGGCAAUUAUUCAUUGUCCUGGACAUCAAAAAGGAGGGUCCAGAGUUGCUGGAGGGAACCAAAGGGCUGAUAGAGAAGCCAAGCAGGUGGCUCAGGGACUUAACAUCCUAUCCUUGACCAGGGAAAAACCAAGGCCUCACCCUGAGGACGGGAUAUACCCCUCUAUUAGAAACUUUGAAUAUUCAGAACCGGACCUUGAGAGGAUGGAUAGAUUAGGAUUCCACCUGGAGUCCCCGGAGGGGAUCCGAGAAACCUCAGAAGGAAAAAGAAUCCUCCCGGAAAAACAGGCUGUUAUUUUCCUCAGAUACCUUCAUAAGUUAACUCAUCUGGGCCCAAAGCAUUUAAGAACUAUUGCCCAAUCUUCACCGUAUUAUAUCAUGAAACUAGGAGAGCUCGCCGAUACGACUGUAAAGGAAUGCAGGCCCUGCCAGAUGGUGAACGCCCAGCCCAGCAAGCUAUCUCAAGGCAAACGGCUCCGAGGAGACCGCCCUGGGAGUUACUGGGAGGUGGACUUUACUGAGGUGAAACCAGCCAGGUAUGGAUACAGAUACUUAUUGGUAUUCAUAGAUACAUUUUCAGGCUGGGUCGAAGCAUUCCCCACCAAGAAGGAGACUGCUCAGAUGGUGGCCAAGAAAAUACUAGAAGACAUCUUUCCGAGAUUCGGGGUGCCUAAGGUAAUUGGGUCGGACAACGGCCCCGCAUUUGUUGCCCAGAUUAAAAGCCCUUGAGACUGUGCAGAGAGAAGUGUGAAAUCGGCUGGCCGUGGCCUACAAGCCAGGAGACCUACAAGUGCCUCAUCAGUUCCAGGUCGGAGACUUGGUGUAUAUUCGGCGCCAUCGUACGGCCAGCUUGGAACCAAGGUGGAAAGGACCAUACAUAGUGCUGCUCACGACUCCAACGGCAGUAAAGGUCGAUGGCGUCGCCGCCUGGAUCCACGCCUCACAUAUCAAGCCCGCGCCACAACCGGACCCCGCGUGGAAA